AACAAAAGAAAAAAAUAAACAGCUCAUUAUCAAUUGGUAGAUAAAAGGUGCCACAUUUCCAACAACCACUGGAUUGGCAUAACCAACCAUUGCAGCAAAUUCUUCUUAUUCUGAUAAUGAUUUACGUCAGUUGGAGAACAGGCAUCAAUGAAAAUCAAAGUUCUGGGUUGCAGUUCGAAAAGCCAAACAAAUACAGUGGACCGAUUUACACCAUGGAGUACUAGAAAGGAGGUUAUUUUUAGAAUCGUUGCGGUUAUAAAUAGUGAAAGAAGAAGAAAAAAUGAAAGGUAUGAUGCAUUCUCUUUCACCCUAUUCAUUUCUCACAAUGUAUCUAAUUUCGUGACUAAUUGCGCCUUUUCUAAUGACACACGAAAUUUACCGGCGACGACUAAGAAUUCCUCAGCACUUCCAGCAACAGAGGAAGAAGCCCCAGCUGCUGUUACCUGGGCAACCCCGGCGACACGCCAGCUACUGAAAGGAGGAUGCAUGUGGAUCGAUAAAAGGCUUGCGACUCCCUCGGCAUUUCCUCAAACGGAAAAGAUUAGGACCCAAGUUUUCCUAUUCAACAAAUAAAAGAUUCAAACCUGCAUUUUGGAUAGAAAAUUUUUGGGGACUUUCAUUUUAAAAUGCUCUUCAAUUCUCUGUAAAACAAAAUGAAACCUAU